AUGUUCUCGCGAGAGUACGUUCAGCCCUCCGAAAUCUUGUCUGAUUUCCUUUUCGCUGAUGAUGAAGUUCCUGUUCCUGUUCCAGGAACUUCAUCAUCUGGAACUUCAUCUGGAACUGGAACUGGACAUCAGGAAUCAGAUUUUAAAAAUAAAUUUGUUGUAAAAAGCGAACAAGAUUUAAAUCACCUGCUGAUUGGUAAAAAUCAAGAUUUUGAUCAUUUGCUUCCUGAUGAUCAAGAUCUUUCUGAUCAAUUUAUAGUUCCAGAUCAAGAUUUGGGUGAUCAAGAUGAAUCUGAUCAAUUUAGGAUGAAAAAUAAUCAAGAUUUAAAUCAGUUGAUUAAAAAAAAUCAAGAUUUUAAUCAGUUGGUUUUCAAAAAUCAAGAUUUGGAACCUGAAUUUAUUGUCCCGGAUCAAGAUUUACAAGAUUAUAAUCGAUUGAUUAAAAAUCAAGAUUAUAAAUUAAUUGGACAAAAUUCAGAUUUAAAUUUGGUUGGAAAAAAACAAGAUUUGAGUAGAUUAAAAAUUGAAAAUGAAGAUUUAAAUAUAAAAAAUGAACCAGAAUUAAUGAUUGAUGAUGAAGAUAAUUUUGAUAUUAAUAUGGAACAAGAUUUAGAUAUGGAAAAUGAAGAUGAUAUUAAUAUUGAUUUAAAAUCUUUUGGUGAGGAUGAUUUAAUUAAAUUUGUGAAUACAUUUAAUCCUAAUUGGAUGCAUGAUAUGUUGAUGGAAGAAGAUGAUGAUAAUGAGCAUGAAGAUGAUGAUGAUAAUGAUAAUGAUGAUGAUGGUGAUGAUAGUAAUAGUAAUAGUAACAGUAACAGUGAUAGUAAUUACGAGCAAGAACCACCGCAAUCUUUGUUCACAAGUUCUGUAAAGCGAGAUUUUCCUUGGAAGAAAUCAAAUCUGAGAAUAGAGAGUAAGAUUAAGAUUAAGAUGAGCAAGAAUGAAGAAGAAUAUUUACUAUCAACUGUGAACAAAUCUUGGCUGGACAAAAUGUCGCCGAGAAUAAGGAGACUGUACCGCAAGAUGGCGGUGAGGAGAAUAAAGCGCUUGGGAAAUAUGAGGCUUAUUGAUUGGGACAAUGAUAGGGAAGAAAAGGUCGAUAAGAAAGAGGGCAGGGUUAUUGAUAGGUUUAGAACGGACUUUCUUACUGCGAGAAGUGAGCAAAGGUUGAUGGGUUACUGUGAACAUGGAGAAAUUUGUAGUCCUUAUACUCAGAGGAAGUUGAAACCGUUUAUUAGGAGGGAUGAAAAUUGUCAGCCAUUGUGGCUCAAGGUUAUGGCGGAGAUGGAUGCUAAGUAUCCAGAUUUCACCUGCGUAGUCCUCUACAAGAAGCUAAUAAUUGGCUUCGGAAUCCUAGUCCCAGACAUCGGCUUCGAGGAGUCUUACAUUUCUUUUUUCCUGAUUCGACCCGAGUGGAGAAAUGCAGGAAUCGGGACUUUUAUGCUCUAUCACUUGAUACAGACCUCCAUGGGCAAGGACGUUACGCUUCACGUAUCAGCGACGAAUCCUGCGCUGAUCUUGUAUCAAAAAUUCGGAUUCAAGAUCGAACAAUUCGUCCAGGAUUUCUACGAUAAAUACAUGACCACCGGGGCUAAGGAAUCGAGACAUGCUUUAUUUUUAAGGCUUAGUCGUUAA